AUGAAGUUUGUCGCCAAAGUAAGUCUUGGUUCAUCUCCAUUCAUUGUGGUCCCUUUAUAGAGGGGCAAUGCUCCCAGGGUAGAGGCUUGGGACCUAUCGCCUCCCUAGUGAAAGUGGAUGUUUAUGGUUUUUCUGGAUGUUCUCAGAUCAGAUCAGACCUGGACGAGGCGGGAGAGACUCUGUAUUACUCUCUGAGAGGCCCGGGAGCCAAUCAGGAGCCGGUAAAUCUGUUUGUUGUUGAAGAGACAACAGGCCUGGUCCACAUCACAGGGAUUCUAGACAGAGAACUAUUCGAGACCUACACUGUGAGUAGACACAAACACACACAAACAAACACACAUACACACUGUAUGCACAUGAGCACACACGCACGCACACACGCACGCACGCACACACACGCACACGCACACAGUAUUGUCAUGACAGACAUUUGAGGAAUGUUUGUUUGGUCUGUAGCUGACUGGCGAAGCAAAAUUCCCUAACGGCACGAUUGCUGAGUAUAGAAUGGACCUACAGAUAGCGGUGGAGGAUGAGAAUGAUAACGCCCCAGUAUUCCCCACGCUGGCACCUGCAAGCGUCAAUGAGUCAAGCCCACCAGGUAACACUCUCACCUACAGAUCCCUCUCACCCCACUAUCACAUUCCAAGUCCCAAUCACAGACUCUGUAGAAAUGAAAGGCGGAAAUAG